CGAAAACAGAGGAGAAGGGAAGGAAAAGGAGAAGAGAUAAACAGAAGCCAGCCAGCCAAGGAAGAGAAGGACGGCCAGGCAAACGGGCAGAUCGCGGUCGAGAAGGGAAAGGGAGGCGAAGAAGGAGAUGCUGUGAAUUUCUGCCCCUGCUCUGGGCCCGAUCCUGCUCUCCCCGGACCGUCUGUUUCGCCCACAACUUCGCGUGCGCCCCAGGGAGCGAGCGAGCGAGCGAGCGGAGCAGCGCCUGGCUUUGGUGGGGCGCCCCCCCCCUAAGACAGCGAGGCUAGGGUUGGGGCUGCCUCGCCUCGCCCGGAGCCGGGACUCUGCUCCGUCAUUGCGCCGGAUCCCAGGAGCCGCCGAGCCCGGUGGCGUUUGUGAAGGAAUUUGCUCUCUCCCCCCUCCUCUUCUUACCAUCAAGAAGCAGCAGCAUCUCAGGAAAACACAUGGUCUGUAUUUAAGAAUUGCCCUUUUCUGGUGCCUCCCUCCCCUCUCCAAAGAAGACAAAAGGAGGAAGGAAGGAAGAAAAUGCAUGAAUCUAUUUUAAAAAUACUACCAUUGCAACUAAUGAUAAUAUGACAAGAAACGCCGACUCAAGCCACUCAUUUAUUCUUUUUGCAGAAACUAUAUUCCCAAAGAUUAGAUUCAUAGACUUUUUAAGUUGCAUAUUAUGCUACUGUACUAUUUUUUUAACGUAUUUUCCCCCACUCAAUAAAAUAAAGCCUAUUGCAGCUACAAAGCACUUUAGACAGGUUUCCCCACAACAGAGGGAACAGGAAUGAAGAAAACCUGAUAUAGCCGCAACUGCAUCAUCUUUUCCCUUUUCCCUCCCCCCUGCCCUCCACUGGUCAAAUUUCAUCACAGAAUCAGAACUUGAUAGCUCUAUUGAUUGAUUGUGGAGAGUCACCUCUAGCUUUUUUCCAUGUUGAUUUAUGUACCAAAAAUAAUUUUAAAAAAGCAAAAACAAAAUGUUAAGGAAGGCUUUGGACUCCUGACCCAACAGGCUCGGAAAGAGUGGCUCAUUUUCUGCAAGAAAAGCAAUCUUCAAACCUGGCCUUUGUAAGACUUUUCUGUUGCCUGAACAAGCAUUCAAAAGUGGAGAACCGCUCUUACAAUCAUCUGGACCGCCUGAAUAUACAUUGUUUGGAAUCGAUGUGGAAUUUCCAUGCGAAUCUGGAGAGCCUCCCCUAAACCAGGAUCUGCCUUGCUCUGGAUUCUUGGCGUCCUCUUUACCCUGGAACCUUGUGCUUGGCUUCUGCUGCCAUGCUGCAUCAAGCUGCUUUCUUGUUGCAUUGCCUCCCCCUGGUCAUGGGACAGUAUGACAUCUGUAAAUCCUGGGUGACCACAGACGAUGGGCCCAUGUGGGAGUUUUAUGCCUGCCAACCAAAGGCUGUGCCCAUGAAGGACUACGCAACGGUGAGAGUAGAUCCAUCGGGAAUCACUUGCGGAAAUCCCCCUGAGAGGUUCUGCACUCAUGAAAACCCCUACUUGUGCAGCGACGAGUGCGACGCUUCUAAUCCUGACUUAGCUCACCCCCCGAAGCUCAUGUUUGACAAGGAAGACGAAGGCUUGGCCACCUACUGGCAGAGCGUGACGUGGAGCCGCUACCCGGAGCCUUUGGUGGCCAACAUCACCCUCUCUUGGAACAAGAGCAUCGAGUUGACAGAUGACAUUGUCGUAACGUUUGAGUACGGGCGCCCCACCAUGAUGAUGCUGGAGAAGUCCUUGGACAACGGGAGGACUUGGCACCCGUAUCAGUACUACGCCGAUGAUUGCAACGAAGCCUUUGGCAUGCAAGCACGGCGGGUCCGAGAUCUUUCCGCCACCAGUGCCAACAGGGUAAUUUGCACGGAGGACUAUUCUCGGUGGGUUGGGUCCAAGAAAGAGAAGAAUGUCCGCUUCGAGGUAAGGGACCGUUUUGCCAUUUUUGCUGGGCCCGAGCUCAAGAACAUGGACAAUCUUUAUACACGGCUGGAAAGUGCCAAAGGCCUGAAGGACUUCUUCACAGUGACAGACCUGCGGCUCAGGCUCUUGAGGCCCGCGCUCGGUGGCACCUACGUGCAGAGGGAGAACUUGUACAAGUACUUCUACGCUGUCUCCAACAUUGAAGUCACGGGCAGAUGCAAGUGCAACCUCCACGCCAAUUUGUGCACCUUCAGAGAGGGGAGCCUCCAGUGCGAGUGCGAACACAACACCACCGGGCAGGACUGUGGCAGGUGUAAGAAAAACUUCCGCAGCAAAUCGUGGCGUGCCGGCUCCUACCUUCCUAGACCCAAUGGAUCUCCUAAUGUUUGUGCAGCUCCAAACUUUGGCACUUCUCCCAAGGUCUCCAAACUCAUCCGGCUCAAAUCUGGCUCCGUUCCGUUGGCACCUAUUGAAACGUUUAAAGACUGCGAAUGCUACGGCCACUCCAACCGGUGCAGCUUCAUCGACUUCCUGAACCUGGUGACUUGCAUCAGCUGCAAGCACAACACGAGGGGGCAGCACUGCCAGCACUGCCGGCUGGGCUACUACCGCAACAGCUCCGCAGAACUGGACGACGAGAAUGUAUGUAUAGACUGUAACUGCAACCGAAUUGGCUCCGUGGCCAACCGCUGUAACGACACCGGCUACUGCGAGUGCAAAGAAGGCGGGGUCACCGGGCCGAAAUGUGACGAGUGUUUGUCCGGCUACUACUGGAGGCAGGGUUGCUCCCCCAACGUCUGCGAUGACGAGCUUUUGAUUUGCCAGAACGGAGGCACCUGCUACGAGAACCAGCGCUGCCUCUGCCCGCCCGGCUUCAAGGGGGUCCUCUGCGAGCAGUCGAAAUGUCAAGGGGAGACCCAGGACUGCGACGCGGCCUCUGACCUGUGCCUCAGCCCGGUGGCCUUCCUGGUGAGCACCCUGGGGCUACAGAUCCGGUUUUUGCUGAACCUCUGAAGCCCCAACAGAAGGAAGAGCUUAGCCCGAACACGGCAAGAAGUGGAAUCGAGGGCGAGAGAAGAGGCGAAGGGACGGGAGUGGGUGAGCUCACCCCCCCCCACCAGCCGCUUUUCUUUGAUCGCGCUUACAGGAAGAGCAGAAAGGUUUAAGGGACUGUCUUUCCGUCUCCUCCACCCUGUUUGGACCCCAGCUGGACAAACUGCACAUAAGCAAAAGCAGGAGUAACUAGAUGAUCCGAAGCACCCGUUGGGACGGGGGGGGGGAUAGCGAGGAGCAACUUGCCACAGCUUGUGUGUACGUGCGGAAAGAACUUGCAUCGCUGACGCCGCCUGCCGUUUCCAGGGGCCCAUCCACAAUCCACAGGGAUUCUGCCAAAAAACCCCACAAAAAACAUGCCACAGAUGCUCUGGCAUUUAGUUGCUCAGCUAUUCUACUUAAGACACUUUUUUUUCCUCCUAGGGAAAACAGCACUCCUAACCAAGACUGGCAGCUACAGAAGCCGGGGCGGGUUUGGGGCAGCCCUGGGAGACUCUAGCCGCUCUCGCAGCGUCGGCGGGCUCCCGCCCGGGGCCUCAAGUUAUACCGUUGCCUACAAAUCAAGUUGCUGAAUUUAUUAAGGUUUUUUGUACUUUUUUUCCAGUUUUUAUUCUUUGGUUGUGAGUCUCUCGUUUCCUUUCCUUUCCUCGCACUCGAGACCAGGACUAAACAAGGCUGCUUCGUACCGCGCCAAAGUGUAACGUGUUAUCCAGGCUUUGCCGUAUAGUUUACGGUUCAAAUACUUUUUUUUUUUGGUAGAGAAUUAUUUUUGUUUGGAUUACAAAUGCUCUAAAAAAAAGAGAAGAUAAAACUAAAACGAAACACUGCAGCCUCUAGAUAUUUUACCAUAAGCAUUAUGGUGUAAUAAUAAUCCCACCACAGUAAAGCAACUUAUUAAUUGCUCCUCCUAGCCUCCUUUUAAUCACCUCCCUCCUCGCCGUUGUGUGCUCAGUGGAUCUCCUUUGGCUUUAAAAAGAAAAGAAAACCAGAAUAACUUCACUAUACUCUCUCGUACCAAAGAAUCAAAAAGAGAAGCUGAGCAUUUGUGGGUGAUUGAUACCGGUUUCUUUGGAGCAGUGAGUUUCGUUUCACAUUGGCUAAUACCUGCAUUUGUUUCCCAGCUAUUUAUUUUUAUACAGGCGGCUACGAGAGGUCUCCCAGAAGUUAACAUUUUAAAAGGAAUGUGUUGCAUUAUUCAAUAUUUCUGGAUAGUCCGCACACCAUUCAUGUUAUUGGUCUGGACACACUAGUCAUUUGUUCUGUUGUGGGUUUCUAAGGUGUUAAAAUUGCCCAACAAACAAAAAAGUUCCCUCUAGCGCCCAACUCUUUUAUUGCACCUUGGAAAUACAGCGGGGCUCCCUUAUCUGUGGGAUCAGUAUCCACUGAUUCACUU